AUGGCAGGGAUGGAUGAUAUGUCAUCAACAGGAACGGGCUCGAUGGAUAUGAAGAUGUAUUUCCACGGAUCUAUAGGGACGGACAUGCUAUGGUUCGCAUCGUGGAUGCCUACUUCUGCAGGAGCUACAGUUGGAGUAUGUAUAGGAUUAUUCCUCUUUGCUAUAUUCGAAAGAUAUCUUGUCGCUUUUAGGAGAGCCUGUGAUGCUUCGUGGAGGAAGGGUCAAAUAGGUUAUAGUAGACCUACUUCAAAUGGUACAAUACCUUCUUCUGGAAAUUCAUCUUCCUUACCUUUACCUUCAACGUUGAUAUCCCGUCGAUCAACCAAUGAAAAAGAGUUAUAUAAUCAUAACGCUUCUUCACAUUCUGGAAUGGACCAACUUGACGCUACUAUCAAUGAGCCAAUAUCGACCUAUAAUGGAUCAUCAUCAGGAUCAGCACCUUCCUAUUCACCCGAUCUGACCAGUAAAGACAAACAGAAAGAACAGGACGAAGAAAUGGAGAAUUUCAGUCAUUUACCUAAAGCCGUUAGGAAAGGUUUGGAUCCUGGAAGAGAAGGUAGAUGGAGUAGACCAUUCACAUGGGCCGUUGAUCUUCCAAGAGGUUUAUUACAAGCUUUACAGGUUUUGAUUCAUUAUUUAUUGAUGCUGGUUGUCAUGACAUUCAAUAUAUGGUGGAUCAUAUCCGUGGUUGUAGGUAGUGGUGUGGGUGAGAUGUUAUUCGGCAGAUUCGGUUCAACUCAUUCUGGACACUAG